AUGCUGCCGUCCACCAACCGUCUAUUUUUUUCGCUGUUAACACAACAAAACAGCCCGGCCUUGCUGCAGCUCACAUCGCUGGCGUUGAAUUUCGGCGGGGCUCACACCAUCACUAAAGAAGUGUUAUUUCGCGGAAAGCUGGCUGACGUAUCACGGCGCCCACGCAAUCACCGCAUGGGAAUCAGGUCAUCGUUGUUCGGUCGUUCAUUGGCUGCAUCAGUACUGACCAGAACGCCACCACUACACAAUGUUGGAGUACAAAUGAGUACACCGCAUUUUACUGACAGGUAUCCCUAUGUGCGUUAUAGCUACGGAAAUACGGACACCUCCUUAGGCAUCGCUACUCAAUCCGAGUCU